GCCAGGGCCGGCGCGGGCAGGGCUGCUGGGCGGAGGCAGACGCCAUGUCAGCCCGGGGAGUGGUGCUGCUGCUGUCCUGGCUGAGCUGCUGCGGCUUGGCCCUGUGGAGGUACUCCAUUAACAGCAAAAAUUUCCUCAUUUUUAAUACCAGGAGUACUAUUAAGUUAGAAUAUGAAGGAACAUCAUUUUCUGAGUGGAGUGUGCCACAGACUUGCUCUAUAAAAGACAAAAGCUCACCUCGGACAGAGUUGCGUUGUUCUUCUGCUGGUGUUCAGACUAUAAAACCAAUUGUUACAGGCCCAGAUGUAGAAGAAGAACGCUACUUAUCUAUAGCCAACUCUUAUAUUUGCUUUCUGUGGUAUUAUCAUGUUACGAUUGAAAGUGCUGAUAACUAAAUUUCAUCAAUUCCUCCAGGCUACUCAUUUAGCUAUUCCUCUCCAAAUUACUGUUACCUCCCCAGAAUCUGAUCAAGAAUCAAGCAUUGGGUCUCUGCUAUUUAUGAAACUGGCAGACUUGUAUCCUUAUUGGAAGUUUCAGAGAUGCUAAUCACCAGCCUCCCCUCUGAAGUUCUGAACUAGUUGAGACAUAGAUAAGGGAAAAUUUGGGGAUAAAAGUUACUGGUAUUUCUUUAUUGGAGAAUAGAACCUGCUUCUGUGGUCAACUGCGCUAAUGUCUACUUCCCUGAGAGACUGAGAAUCAUUAGAGACAAUCUGCCAAGAAAGUAUUUGUAGCCAGUUUCAUGAAUUUCUGAUUUCACUCACACAUGCUGAGUCUCAAGAACUGGUAAAAGAGAGGCCUUCAGACUACCCCAAUCCAGAUAUGAUCCCUCCAGUGUGGUGGGAAAGAAUUGGGGUGUAGGCUACAAGGGUGGGAAUGAAAGAAUUCACCAGAGACAGUGGGAACAGGGAAAGAAAGAUUUAUUGAUACACUGCUAAGAGAAGCAGUGGGCAAGAUAGAAGUUUGUGCAUGAAGAGGGAUUUGGGGCUCCCUAUUAUAACCUGUUUUACGUUGUUUUUUCAUGAUUGGGGAGUGCGUUUGGUCCAUUUAGUCCUGGAAUGUCAGGUCAUGGGUGUUCACCUUUGAACAGACUGUGUCCUUGCCCAGCUUCUGCAUUCCAGACAAAGUGAUCUGUCAUAUGGCCUGGUUCCCAUAGCAACCUUAUCAAUUCCCUUUAUCCCAAACCAUCCUGCUAGGCAAGGGGUGGGGGCUUAGAUUUCAACCUCAUUAAAUGAUACUCCAACAACCAGGAAAGCAAAAACAGGAGCAACACAUACCCAGAAUGGCUGUUAGCCCAAAGGAGAAAACUCAAUGGAAAUUAAGUGUUUCUCUGUUACAAAUAUUAAAAUAUUCAUAUCUAUCACAUACAAAAAUUUUAAAGAAUAAAAUGAGGCCAAUACCUGUGUAUCUAUUUGUAUAAGUCAGGACAUAGAGCAUUACCAGUACCUUAGAAUCUGCUUCAUGCCCCUAUCCAUCACAUCGUAUUCCUCUCCCAAGAGGAAAAGUAUGAAUCACUAUCCUGAAUAUUGUAUAAUAAAUUUGCUUUGUUUUGUUUAGUGUUUUGCCAACAGUAACUGACUGAAGUAAGCUGUUUAGUUCUGUCGUGUUUAGAAUGUUAUUUAAAUUGCAUCAUAUGGUAUGAUUUGCUUGUUUCACUAAAUAUUUUUGAGACUUACCCAUGUUUAAACAAGAAUCUUUAGUUCUUGCAUUGUUACUACUUUGAGUUAUUUUAUUUUAUGACUGUAUUUUCUUUUUUAUGACUGUAAAUGUGGUAUUUGCUUGCAAAAUAUAGUACCUUGUGACUGAGACUCUGAGUAGCCCUGGUAUUAACUGGGAACUUUUUAGAAGUUCAGAAUCUCAGACCUCCUUCCAGACCUGCUAGAUCAAAAAUAUACAUUUUAACAAGAUUGUGUCGACAUUUGGCAUUAUGUUUGGGAAGUACCAAUCUAAUGCACAUAAAUAAAAAUAUAAGUUUCUCUAAGAUAUCAAAGUAGAAUUGCCUAGAAAUAGGAUAUGCACUUGUUCAACUUCACUAGGAAAUACGUCAGUGAUUUUUGAAAUGAUUGUCCAAAUUUACAUCUACAUCGGCAGAUGAUAAAAAAUUUCAUUGUGUUACAGCCUCACUAACAUGUAAUAUUAUCUGAAAUUUAUUUCCAAUUUAGUACGUAUGAACUUACGUUAUUAUGCUUUUCAUUUCCAUUUACCUGAACACUAUUAAGCACAUUUCUAUAUAUUCAUGAGUAAUUGUUCUUCCUUCUCUGUUAAAUAUU